AUGGAAGCAUAGUUUGCAGAUUCAUCUGCUACUUCUGAGAAAGUGAAAAUGCAGUGCAUAUAUCCAAAAAAAAAAAAAGCCGUGAUAAUCCAGACAUCCCGGAUGAAACUUAAUGUAACUCUUAGGGAAAACACAGCUGUCUUGAAUCCAAUCUAUGGCAUACAUACCAAAGACAAAUACAAUAGAAGAAUUUGUUUUGAAAAUAAUGCCUUCAUCGAGAGCACUUUGGAAGAUCAUGGUCUCCACAUAACCAACAUUUUCUCCAUUGUAACUAAUCCAGAAGGAAUUUUGAAAAAGGUAAUAGAAAUCACUCAUUCAACAGAUGCUUUUGAAGUGUCUGAGAAACAAAAUAAUCGCAUGUUUACCAAGCCAGGAGGAAAUGUUGCUUUUAUCCCUGAUAAAAUUGGAGAUUCAGUGCAGUGAGCGAUGUGGGAAAGCAUUAAAGCAGAUUGGGUAGACAUUGUCAUUCUAUGCAACUCAUCAGGAAAGCAAAGCUUUGGUUUGGGUUUCAAAGAAUGUACACCAGUGGAUUGCUCUGAUCAGGAAAUCUCUGGAACUGUCUUUCAAAACGUUACAGCCUCUGACUUUGUGAUGUACUUCCAUGUAGCUGCUGGGAGAAACAAAAACUAUAUGAUGAAUGUUACUGUGGCUGUUAAUCCUAGCAACAGUAGCAUAGUUGUGGCUGUUUAUUGGAGAAAAGAAUAUGAAAGCAUUGAAGAACAUGAAGUACAAUAUGAGUCAGAAAACACUCCAUUGUAUCCCUUUAAGCGCCCACCCUCAACUUGGGAUCACAAAUGGUUUAUUACCUACCUAGCUGAAAGGAUUUCUGCUGCUGUUUCAAUGUUAGAUUUCCUGCUGAUCUUCUUCAUCACUACUGCUUGUCACAGAAAAAGAAAGAAGAGGAGGAUCACAGAGGCUUUAUCAAAAGCUCUGUACUCUACUCAGAUCUGGUUAAGGUCACCUGUUGAGAUGAAGAUUACUCAUGCUACAUUCAGAGACUACUCUGGGCUAUGUAUUAUUGUCUCUUGUUAUGGAAGAUCCAAUUUUCAUGGCAUACACAGCAGAGAAAGAAGAGGAGAAUAAUCAUCACUCAGGCAGACAGAGGAGAUUUAUGUCAACUGCAAAAAUGUCUCACAAAAACAUAAGAAAAGAUCAUUAGGUUCUUUCUUAAGAAUGAAGCAAUCAGAGCACAGGCCUUUUAUUUACAGAAUAGACUUUAUUUUCUCUGUGCUGUACAAUGCAUUGAGAGUUAUGAGAAGAGAACAAGCAUCUGGAUAA